AUGAGUAAUAAUAAGUCGGCGAAGAGUUAUACCAUCGAUGAAGUGGCGAAACACAAGACUAAAGAUUCGCUUUGGAUAAUAAUAAGUGGCGAAGUGUUUGAUGUGACAAAGUUUGUGGCCAAACAUCCGGGAGGUUGUGAUCCCAUUAUGAACUUCGCCGGAAAGGACGCCACCAAUGCUUUCGUCGGCACUCAUUCAGACAAUGCGGACAAACUUAAAACUCAAUACAAAAUCGGUGUCAUUAAAAAGCCAUAG